CCAUCCCUCGUAGUUCGAGCGCGGCCAGGAUCGGCCGGCCCUCCGUGACGUUACUCAUCUUCCAGGGAUCUCUAGUCUCCUCUCCUCCCCUCCCCUCCCUCUUACCCUCUUUCCUCUCUCCCUCUCCACCCCUCCUCCCUGUCCCCUCCCCCUCUCUCCCUCGAAUCCCUGUCUCUGCACAUCUCUCUCCAUCAGCUUUCUCCGGACCUUCGCCGCCAGCAGCAGCAGCAACAGCAGCAGCGGCACCUCGGCGGCCCAGGCAGCAGGCGAGGGGUAGCCAGCGGCUCCCCCCCCCCCCUCCCCGGGGCUCCCAUCCCCCCUCCUCCACCUCCUCCCGGCCCUGCCCUUCCCAGCUCUGCUUGAAGGGGAUCCCCCUUGUCUCUCUCUGCUCAGUCCCCCCCUGCAGCGCCCCAGGAUCCCAGCCCCCCUCCCUCCGCCAGCCCCCCUACAGAGCCGGAGGAACCGCGCGGCGGAGACAAGGAUGUGACUGCACCCGGCGGCGGAGGGUGCACUCGGCGGCGGCGGCGGUCGGAGUGAAGCUGCGGACGCCCGGGGCUCCCUCUCUCCUCUCUCGCCCUCUCUUCUCCCGCUUCCCCCGGUCCUCCCUCCGCGGCCCCCGGCCGUCCCACUGCCCCGGCCCCGCGCCCCCCGGCUCGCCGCCUCGGGGCUCCCCUCCCCUGCCCCGGACCGCCCCUCUCCGGCCGCCCGCCUGCUCCAGCGCUGACCCUGUCCGCCGGCGGGGAAGGAGGAGGAGGAGGCGGCACCGCCGAACCACCGGGCGAGAACAUGUCGGAAGUGCUGCCGUUUAACGAGGAAAAGCUGGGGCACUAUGGAGACGGGGGGGACGUGGGCCAGAUCUUCACGUGCCGCCUGCAGGAUACCAACAACUUCUUCGGGGCGGCUCAGAACAAGAGACCGCCCAAACUGGGCCAGAUCGGCAGGAGCAAGAGAGUUGUUAUUGAAGAUGAUAGGAUUGAUGACGUGCUGAAAAAUAUGACAGACAAGGCACCUCCUGGUGUUUAAAGCCCCCAAAGACACUGAGUUAAGGGACAAAAAGAUGAUAAUAAACACAGCAACUUCACACAGUUUAUUGGCAAAAAAAAAAAAAAAAAAAAGCAAUUUGGAAAAAAAAAAAUCUUCAUUACUCUAGCCUGCAGUCCACAAUGCAGACACACCACCAACCUGUAUCUUGUGUCAGGCCUGGGGACGGAAGAGGUGUGAGCAUAGCAAGGACAGAAACAAAAACAAAGAGCAAAAAAAUUUUAAAAAAUUAUUCAACAGAUUAAUUGAUUUACACACACUCAUAAGGAAAUUGACAUCAGCUGCAGCUGUUUGUCUAAAUUAAUAUGCGUUUCCUUUUAUAUACAGCGAAUAUUGCGCAAUUCUAGACCUGGAUUUCCAGCCACUUUAAAUAAUGCAGCAGCAGGAGCAGCAGCAACCGCCUGCCCAGCAAAAUGCCUCUGGGUUCCUGGUGGGAGGGGGGGGGGGGCUGGCAUCCCCUUUGCUGAUCUGGCUGCCCUGAAAGUCAGCCCUUUGUUUACAUUAUUCCCAUCUGGCAAAAACGAUUCUGUGCACUUAGAUGUGAGAUGCUGUCCGUUUCAUUUUUACAGAAAUAUUCAUAUCUUUGAUGUGUGUAAAACAAAACAAACAAACAAAAAAAAACCAGAAAAAAAAACCCCAGAAUGACUUAUAUAUAAAUAUAUAGAUAGUUAUUCUAUUUCGUUUUCCCGCCACCUUGGAAGGUCUUCCUGGGUGGGAUGUGCGUGCGCUCCACUGAACAAAACCAACCCACUUUCCCUAAGGAUUGCCAUCUAGGAAGAGUUUUCUCCUGAUUUCAAUGUGCUGUGAAGCUUGUGUUCUCUGGACUGCUUGCAAGCAAUCCGGACUCGAGUUCACAUGGACGAAUUUGGUGGGGGGGGGGGGGGGAGGAGGAAGGGGGGAAAAAGCCUCCUCUCUGUUGUAUGAGCCCCCACCCCUGUUCUUUCCUCCUCCCGGUGUUGUGGCGAUUCAUCCUCUUCAAUGAAUGGAUUGUACAAAAUGUGAUCACGAGAGUGCCAAAUACCUGGAAAUGCCAAAAGGCAGUUUGGUUUGGUUCCCCCUUUUUGUGCUCCCUGAGCCCAUGUAAAGCAGUGCUUCGUUGGAGUCUCUCUUUUCUGGGUUAUUUAUCGGGCUUUCUCUUAAGGCAGAACCGCUCUCCUUUUUGCAUGAUGUUUGCAGAGAUGCCUCUUGUGCAGGGGCUGGGGGUGGGGGGGUCUUUUCACCAUUUUGUUUUCUUUCUUCUUUUGGGUUUGCAACUUUGGAUGACAAACCUCAAAGAGGUUUCUUUUGCCUUCCCUCCGGCUGCCCCCUUGCCCUUCCCUCUCUCCCUUUUCUUAAUUCAAUAUUGUGUAUAUGGUGCACUGUUAACCACUACACAGGGCUAUUUCUGCAAUGUACAAUAAAAGGGACUGUUCCUGUGUC